UGCGUGCUAACUGCUGCCCAAAAUAUCUGAAGCCCCUCGCUGUACAUGGAGUGGUCAGCAUCCACAGCUGGAUUACUGCUCCCUGACGGACACAAUGAGGAACCGUGGUUUGUUGUCACUGCUGCUGCUGCUUCUGCUGCUUCUGCUGAGCCCACAACAUGUCACCUCAUCCAAAGGCGUCAGUGCCAGUCUGAAAGCCAAGUGGAGCAUGACCCCCUUUCUGUUGGAGACAUGUGAAUUUGUCGGUGAAGAUGGAAAUGAAAAAUUCUGGCAGUUUGUUGACACUGUGAAAGAGCUCACUGUUUACAAGCAAGGAGAGUCUGUGCGCUCCUACUUCAAUCUGAUUGUUAAAAAAGCUGGCCAGUUCCUCACGGACCUCCAAGUUAAUCUGCUCAAAUUUGCUCUGUCAUUACGAACCUACUCCCCAGCGGUCUAUGCGUCCCAGCAGAUUGCAAGUGAUGAACCUCCUCCUGACGAUUGCGCUGCCUUUGUGUCUAUCCACGGCCAACACACCUGCAGCCCCAAGGAUAUAAAGAAGCUCCUGAAGGCAGCUGCAGGCAGGACAAAACCUUAUUUAUACAAGGAUGAUCACAUAUAUCCUGGUGGAAAUAAAACUGAAGUGCCUAUUGUGAUCUUGUACGCUGAAAUUGGGACCAAGAAGUUCACAUCGUUUCACAAGGUGUUGUUAGAGAAAGCAGAAGAGGGCACACUUUUGUAUGUGCUCCGACAUUAUGUAGAAAAAUCAAAGCCUAAACCCAUGCUUCUGUCUGGGUAUGGUGUGGAGCUGGCUAUCAAAAGCACCGAAUACAAAGCUGUGGAUGACACUCAAGUUAAAGACUCGAGGACACCUUUAGCUGGUGAGGAUAAUGGAAAUGAUGAAGUUCAAGGUUUUCUGUUUGGGACUUUAAAGAAAGCUCACCCUGAACUGAAGGAAGAACUUGGUGAAUUGCGCAAACAUCUCCUUGAGAGCAUGAAUGACCUGGCCCCACUCAAAGUGUGGGAACUUCAAGAUCUGAGUUUUCAAGCUGCUGCUAAAAUCCUUUCUGCACCAAAGUUUGAUACGCUGAAGAUAAUGCAAGACCUGAGUCAAAACUUUCCAAGUAAAGCAAGAUCACUGACAAGGGUAGCAGUAAAGCAGGAAAUGAGAAAAGAAAUUGAGGAGAACCAAAAGCACCUCAGCGAGACUAUUGGUGUGCACCCUGGAGACGGAGAGCUCUUUAUCAAUGGGCUUCAUAUCGAUCUGGACGUUCACAACCCAUUCAGCAUUUUGGAUAUCCUCAGAGGAGAGGCUAAGGUUUUAGAGGGGCUUCAUAAUCUAGGUAUAAAAGGGGAGCAUCAAGCCAAACUGCUAAGAUUACCUGUGAGCCAUGUGGACGAUAGUUAUGCCCUAGACAUCAGAGAUCCGGCUAUAAUGUGGUUUAAUGACAUUGAGAAUGACCCAAUGUACCGCAGUUGGCCAUCGGGAGUACAAGAGCUCCUCAGAGCCACGUUUCCUGGAGUCAUCCGACAGAUCAGACGCAAUUUCUUUAACCUGGUCUUGUUCCUUGAUCCAGUGCAGGAGGAGAGCGUGGAGCUAAUGAAACUGACAGAGCUUUUUUACAAGCACAAGAUCCCCCUGAGGAUUGGAUUUGUGUUUGUUGUCAACACCAAAGAUGAGAUUGAUGGCUUCUCAGACGCUGGGGUGGGAUUUUACAGACUGCUAAAUUACAUUGCAGAAGAAUACGAUUUAUCCCAGGCCUUAUUGUCUACAGUCUCGCUAUACAACAAAGUAGAUGCAGGGGAGCAGCUGUCUGUGGAUACUAUCUCCGCGUACCUCAAGAGAAAAUUCCCCAAAGCCAAUGCAGAGAGGAUACUGGGCCUGGAUUCAGAAUACGAUGAAAGAAGAAAGGAAGGAGCACUCUUCUAUAAAAAAAGUGGCCUUGGCGCUCUUCCUCUGGCUUUAUUUAACGGAGUCCCACUCAGCCCAGAUGAGAUGGACCCAGACGAACUGGAGACUGUCCUCCUGCAGCGCAUCAUGGACACCACCAACGCCUUCCAGAGAGCUGUCUUUAUGGGUCAGUUGACAGAAGGCGCGGAUGUGGUUGACUAUCUGAUGGAGCAAGCCAAUGUAGUCCCCAGGAUGAACUCUAUUAUUUUAAGCAAUGACCGGAAGUACCUUGACUUCACCGCCAAUCCAAUUGUACACGACUGGGAGGAUACAACUAUGUUUUCAUAUAUGGACUCGAGAGACAAGACGGCUGUAGUUGCCAAAAGAAUUAAAUACUUUUCAACUAGUGAUUCUAAUGAAGUAAAUGCUGUGACGAUGUGGGUAGUAGGGGAUUUUGACAAGGUUUCAGGAAGAAAACUGUUAAUCAAUGCUUUGAAACAUGUGAAAGCCAGCCGUGGAAUACGUGUUGGAGUGAUAGACAACCCCGAAGGCAAACUCACAGAGGAUAACACUGUGUUGUACCGGGCGAUUUGGGCUGCACUGCUAACUCAGAAGAAGAAGACUGCAGUUGAAUUUGGACUCAAACUUCUCAAAGAGGAGAGCAACCAGCUAUCACAGAAGGGCAGCAAGAUGAAGGAGUUUCUACUAAAGGGAAUGGAUGACGAUGCUUUUGAGAAGAAGUUCAAUACAAUGGAAGUGGAUUUUAUUCAGAGCCAGCAGCUCUUCUGCCAAGAAGUGUUGAAGUUAAGUCCUGGACAGCGGGCAGUAAUCAGUAAUGGCAGAAUUCUUGGUCCAUUUAAUGAGGAGGAAGAGUUCACUGUAGAUGAUUUCCACUUGCUGGAGAAAAUUACUCUAAGUGGUUCUGCUGAAAAGGUCCAAGCCAAGGUGCAGGAGAUGGGGAUCAAGCCAAAGCAGGCCACAGACUUGGUGAUGAAAGUUGAUGCCCUCCUAAAUACAGCCCCCAAAGGAGAAGUCAGAAGGGACAUCCAUUUUUUGAAAGCUACACACAGUGUUCUCCACCUGUCUCCACGGGAGCAUGAAGUGUUCUAUGAUGUGGUGGCUAUUGUUGACCCUCUCACGAGAGCAGCACAGAAGCUGUCAUCAUUACUCAAUGUGCUGGGCCAAGUGGUCAACAUGAAGCUGCAACUGUUUAUGAACUGCAAGUCCAAGCUAUCUGAGAUGCCCCUCAAGAGUUUUUAUCGUUUUGUCUUGGACCCUGAUGUAAAGUUCUUAGCCAACGAUACAGUGUCAGCAGGACCAGUGGCACGGUUCAUGGACCUCCCUGAAACUCCCCUACUCACCCUCAACAUGAUCACCCCUGAGAGCUGGAUGGUGCAGGCUGUGAACAGCCCACAUGACCUGGAUAACAUUCACCUGCUGGAGGUGAGUGGAGUUGUCUCUGCAGAAUACGAAUUGGAGCACCUUUUGCUAGAAGGCCACUGCUUUGACCUUUCAACCGGGCAGCCUCCCCGUGGACUGCAGUUCACUCUGGGCAUGAGCCAGAACCCACUUACAUAUGACACCAUUGUCAUGGCAAACCUGGGAUAUUUCCAACUGAAAGCCAAUCCUGGUGCGUGGAUCUUGCGGUUACGUAAAGGGAGAUCAGAAGACAUCUAUCAGAUUGUGGCACAUGAUGGCACUGAUUCUCCUGCUGAUGCUGGUGAUGUUAUUGUUGUGCUUAACAGUUUCCACAGCAAGAUCAUUAAAGUCAGAGUACAGAAAAAGCCUGACAAAAUUAACGAAGAUCUUUUAAGUGAAUCAACUGAAAGUGGAGGCAUCUGGGACUCCAUUGCAAGGAGGUCUUAUUCAUCCCCGGGAUUCAUGCUGCGAUAUUAUGCUGUAAGAUCUAAUAUAGCAAAAAAUAUGUGCUUCUGUAGCAUCACUGGUGGUAGCUCGAAGAAGGAGGAUGUAGACAAAAAGAAAGAGGAUGUUUUGAACAUAUUUUCUGUGGCCUCAGGACAUUUGUAUGAACGGUUUCUGAGAAUAAUGAUGCUGUCUGUCCUUCGGCACACCCAGACACCUGUCAAGUUCUGGUUCCUAAAGAAUUAUCUCUCUCCAUCCUUUAAGGAGACCAUCCAUCACAUGGCCCAGGCGUACGGUUUUCAGUAUGAGUUAGUGCAGUACAAAUGGCCUCGCUGGCUCCACCAACAGACAGAGAAGCAGCGCAUCAUCUGGGGAUACAAAAUCCUCUUUUUGGAUGUUUUAUUCCCAUUAGCUGUGGACAAGAUCAUUUUUGUGGAUGCUGAUCAGAUAGUACGUGCUGAUUUGAAACAGUUGAGGGACUUGGACUUGGAGGGUGCACCUUAUGGCUACACACCAUUCUGUGAUAGUCGCAAAGAGAUGGAUGGCUAUCGCUUUUGGAAAUCUGGGUACUGGGCUUCACAUCUGGGACACAGAAAAUAUCACAUCAGUGCACUGUAUGUGGUGGAUUUGAAGAAGUUUCGCAAGAUCGCUGCUGGAGACAGAUUACGUGGCCAGUACCAAGCCUUAAGCCAAGACCCUAACAGUCUGUCUAACCUUGAUCAGGAUCUUCCAAACAACAUGAUCCACCAGGUAGCAAUCAAGUCUCUGCCGCAGGAGUGGCUCUGGUGCGAGACGUGGUGUGAUGACAAGUCUAAAAUAACAGCCAAAACCAUAGAUCUGUGCAAUAACCCAAAGACCAAGGAGCCCAAGCUCACAGCAGCAGCCAGGAUUGUGCCUGAGUGGGUUGAAUAUGACAACGAGAUCAAGCGGUUACUGAGAGGAGUCCAAGAGAAACAAGAGAGAGUAUUAGAAAGGCAGAGCUCAUCCUCACAAGCAAAAGAUGUCCAGAGAGAUGAGCUUUAGUAUUUGCCAGCAUCAUACUGUACAGAAAGGAGUCUGCAUCAUUUGCACACAGAGCACCUGAGAAUCUUACAGACAUUUCCAAACAGUGUUACAUCCUCAUCCUGAGGGUAGAUAUUUUUAUACUUGUCAUGCUGUGUUGGUCGGCUGUGUUUUGUUUUUUUUUUACGGAAAACAUAAAAAAUAAACAACGCAUUGAAUCUGUAAUCCACUGUAAAAUUUAGAAUGGUAAAUUCCUGCACUGAAAAACUAUAAUUUAAACCACAUUUAAUAAAAUACAAAAACAAACAAAAUACACAUUUCACGAUUAUGAUUACAAAAUUGUAAUUUAUUAAAAUGUUUACAUUUCUUUGUCUGUAAAUGUGUUAUUUAUGCUUGAUCCAGUAUUUUAACUCAGGAAUAAGAUGGCUGCUCAGUAGAAUCAGUCUGUUAUAGGUGCAGCAGGACUGGUCUCAGGGCACUCAUCCUUUACUGUGCUGUGUCAAAUACCAGUGUUUGUACUGUGGUCUGCUGGGAAAGAAUAAAUCUUUUCUAGAAAACAUUACAAA